AUGACACAAUCAGGGAUACAGCUGCCUCCCCGCAAGCUUUACCUGGGGAAUGAGGUACGUUCAAUCAUAGUCUACGGCGUUGACAAGGACAAGCUGCUAAGUUCAGGAAUACAGUACGCGGAUAGCCUCAGCUCAUCCAAGGAGAGAUUGACAUUGUUAAACCCUGUGGACGACUCUGUCGUGGCGAACGACCUGCAGAUCGCCGGGAAAGAGGACGUAGACCGCGCCGUCGCCAACGCAAAAGAGGCCUUCCGCAGGGGCCCAUGGGCAAAGUUCACCGGAGGCCAGCGUGCAGCGUGUCUGCAAAAGUUCGCCGACCUCGUCGAGAAGAACGCCGAGCGGCUCGCGCAGGCUGAGUCCCUGCCCACAGGAGCCCCCGUUGCCGGGAUUAUUCAUUUCGACCUGGCACACGUGGUGCAGGUUUUCAGGUGCUGGGCAGACAAGAUCCGCGGCGAGUCGUUUGGCGAGGACAACGGGUUCGCCAAGAUUGUCCGGUACAAGCCGCUCGGCGUCUGCGCGGGCAUUGCGUCGUGGAACGCCACAUUCCUGUACAUUGGGUGGAAGAUCGCGCCCGCCCUCGCAGCGGGCAACACGUUCAUCUUCAAGCCCUCCGAGAAGUCACCGCUGGGGGCGCUGGCCAUAGCACCACUGUUCGCCGAGGCGGGCUUCCCUCCUGGCGUGGUGCAGUUCGUCACCGGCGCUUCAGAGACGGGCCAUCUGCUUGCAUCGCACAUGGACAUCGCCAAGAUCAGCGUCACCGGCUCCAUCGCCGCUGGUAAGGCGGUCCAGGAUGCGGCGACCAAAAGCAACCUCAAGAAGACCACGCUUGAGCUGGGCGGCAAAUCACCAGCCCUGGUCUUCGCAGACGCUGAUUUUGAGAAUGCAGUUGGAAGCGUUGCAGGUGGUUUCCUGGCAAAAUCUGGCCAGAUUUGCGUUGCUGCUUCCAGGGUGCUGGUGCAGGAAUCUAUUGCGGAGAAGUUCCUCGCUGCGAGCAAAGCCGUGUUUGUAGGCAUUGGCGCACAAAUGGCCAAGGCCGCCAACCCACUGGAGCUGUCGACUGAACAUGGCCCCGUCGUGGACAAGAUACAAUUUGACCGUAUAAUGUCCUAUAUUGAGAGCGGGAAGAAGUCGGCACAGCUUCUCACGGGAGGCAAGAGGCUGGGCUCGAAAGGCUGCUUUAUAGAGCCUACGAUUUUCCUCAAUCCCGACCCCAAGAGCCAGAUCUGGAAAGAGGAGAUCUUCGGCCCAGUCUUGAGCGUGAGGACAUUCAAGACGGAGGAAGAAGCUAUUGCCAUGGCCAAUGACACUGUAUACGGCCUAGCUGCAAGCGUUUACACCUCUGACGUCAGUCGAGCGCUCCGCGUGUCCUCUGCGCUCGAGUCAGGUGGUGUGUCUAUCAAUUCGCCGUAUCUCCCUGAGCUCAACACGCCUUUUGGCGGCAUCAAGCAGAGCGGCCAGGGCAGGGAGCUGGGUGCCCAUGGCCUGUACAGCUAUCUCGAGCCUCAGUCGGUGCACAUCAGGUAA